AGCAGUGUGUGUUCAGCAGCAGCAUCCUACGGACCCGCACCGCCGCUCACUUUCGGUCGAGGCUGACUUUUUCUCCCGCAAAAACAAUAUAAAUAAAUAUAAUAAAAACACCACAGAAUAAAACAAAACACGACAGACAUCUUAAGCUACCAGUGGCUCGGCAGAAGAGCAUCUUCCGACGUUUGAAUCGCUUCUUUUUUUUUCCCGUCUUCGCAGGUUUUUCUGACCACUCCAGACAUCAGACCGGACUUCUCCCGUUCACUCCGCACUCUCUCAAGGAAAAAUGGGGAAACAGAACAGCAAGCUGACCCCUGAAGUGAUGGAGGACCUGGUGAAGAACACAGAGUUUAACGAACACGAGCUGAAGCAGUGGUACAAGGGUUUCCUGAAGGACUGUCCCACCGGCCGGCUCAACCUGGAUGAGUUCCAGCAGCUCUAUGUCAAGUUCUUCCCUUACGGCGACGCGUCCAAGUUCGCCCAGCACGCCUUCAGGACCUUCGACAAGAACAGCGACGGCACCAUCGACUUCAGAGAGUUCAUCUGCGCGUUGUCCAUCACAUCACGAGGCAGCUUCGAGCAGAAACUCAACUGGGCCUUCAACAUGUACGACCUGGACGGAGACGGCAAGAUCACACGGGUGGAGAUGCUGGAGAUCAUCGAGGCGAUCUACAAGAUGGUGGGCACUGUGAUCAUGAUGAAAAUGAACGAGGACGGCCUGACGCCCGAGCAGAGGGUGGACAAGAUCUUCUCCAAGAUGGAUAAGAACAACGACGACCAGAUCUCGCUGGAGGAGUUCAAAGAGGCGGCCAAGAGCGACCCGUCCAUCGUAUUACUGCUGCAGUGUGACCUCCAGAAAUAGGCCGGAGGGCGAGCAGAGGAGCGCUGCACCAGCCGCCACGGACUGCACAGAAAGAAUUUCAUGUUCCAUUCAGUUUGCAGCUAUUUCCACUGAAAAAAAAAAAUAUGCUUGGACUACCUUUCAAUGGAUCUGCUUCUUGUGUUUGAAACACUCGUGUGCAUGAGAAUGUUAUUUGCUAUAAAAAGAUCUACACACAACAUACAACAGUGUGGGGGUGCACGCUCACACCACAAACACACUCACAGUACAUAUACACACACACACACACACACACACACUCACUACAUAUAAACACUUCGCACAAAUAAUAUAUAUAGAUAGAUAUAUAAAUAUGAAUAUAUAUUUAAAUUAUUCAAAGAUCAACUGCCAAAAUGUGAAGUGUGCAAAGUAUUUUCCAUACAGUUUCAUUCUACUGGAGCUUGCGCAUCAUUGAUGUGCUACGUUGAAUUUGCCGCUACUCUAUUUAUCGUUCCGAGUUUAAUGACGCUAGCUGUAUGUGUUUCAUAAUACUGAGUAAUGUCAACUGAACCAAAUUCCUAUGAUAAUGUAUCUGCCUCCAAUAAGACACUCGAUCCAUCCUCUCCGAUAUGAUAUUAGCUCUAGAAGAGAUGGAUUAGCGUUUGUCCAACUUUUCCUUCCAAAACAUGCUUGUACUGUCGGUAAAGAAAAAUGUAAACGUAGUUAAUUUGCAUGCCUUUAGGUUCUGCCUUAAAAAAUCUCCUCAUUUUGCAUCCUGUAAUCGCAGACGGAAAGCCUUAUCAAAGCAGCGCGGCGUCACGUGGGAGAAACCGUGAGAAAAGAUUUUUACCGUAUAGGG